AGGCAAAUUUCACAGAGAGGUUUUUCACCAUCUGCUGGAUUUCCACUCACUCUCUCCAAGCAAGUUUGUGUCGUGGAUUUGGUCCAUGAUGGAGAUGCCUGGGGGUUUGCUCUUGCUCCUAAUUUUGCAGGUUUUUACAGAGAACCCUUCAGCUGCUUCACCAGUGAGGCUGGUCAACUCUGACAGCCGCUGCUCUGGCAGAGUGGAGAUCUACCAUGCUGGACAAUGGGGGACAGUGUGUGACGAUUCCUGGGACCUGAACGAUGCCAUUGUUGUGUGCAGACAGCUGGGCUGUGGCAGCGCUCGUUCAGCACUGCAAAAAGCUGCUUUUGGACCGGGCAGUGGACCCAUCUUGUUGGACAAUGUCGAUUGCUCUGGCAGCGAAUCAAAGCUGACCGAGUGCCGACACCGAGGGAUUGGAUUUCACGACUGUGGUCACAGUGAGGAUGCUGGUGUCAUCUGUGAAGCUGCUUCACCAGUGAGGCUGGUCAACUCUGACAACCGCUGCUCUGGCAGAGUGGAGAUCUACCAUGCUGGACAGUGGGGGACAGUGUGUGACGAUUCCUGGGACCUGAACGAUGCCAAUGUGGUGUGCAGACAGCUGAGCUGUGGCAGGGCUCGUUCAGCACUGCCAAAUGCUGCUUUUGGACCGGGCAGUGGAGCCAUCUGGUUGGACGACGUCAUUUGUUCAGGAAGGGAACCAUCGAUAACAGACUGCAGACAUCCAGGGUUCGGGGUCCACAACUGUGGACAUAGUGAAGAUGCCAGCAUCAUCUGUGACAUUCAACCAGGACCAAACUCCACAGUUUCACCAACCACAGCUGAUCCAGGAUCUCAGACCUUCACCUCUGCUGCACUCACAUCUGGCACCCCUGGAACAACAGCAGUGGACAACACCACAGGAGACGAGGGACAGGUCCGCCUGGCUAAUGGAGGAAACAGCUCCUGCUCUGGCAGAGUAGAGAUAUUCCUCCGUGGACAGUGGGGGACGGUGUGUGAUGACCACUGGGACCUGGUUGAUGCUCAGGUGGUGUGCAGACAACUGGGUUGUGGCAGGGUCCUGUCAGCACCACAAAGUGCACGGUUUGGACAGGGCAGUGGACCCAUCUUGUUGGACAAUGUCGAUUGCUCUGGCAGCGAAUCAAAGCUAACCGAGUGCCGGCACCGAGGGAUUGGAACUCACGGCUGUGGUCACAAUGAGGAUGCUGGUGUCGUCUGUGAAGCUGCUUCACCAGUGAGGCUGGUCAACUCUGACAACCGCUGCUCUGGCAGAGUGGAGAUCUACCAUGCAGGACAGUGGGGGACAGUGUGUGACGAUUCCUGGGACCUGAUCGAUGCCAAUGUGGUGUGCAGACAGCUGAGCUGUGGCAGGGCUCGUUCAGCACUGCCAAAUGCUGCUUUUGGACCGGGCAGUGGACCCAUCUGGUUGGACGACGUCAUUUGUUCAGGAAGGGAACCAUCGAUAACAGACUGCAGACAUCCAGGGUUCGGGGUCCACAACUGUGGACAUAGUGAAGAUGCCAGCAUCAUCUGUGACAUUCCACCAAGUCCAAACUCCACAAUUUCACCAACCACUCCUGAUCCAGGAUCUCAGACCUUCACCUCUGCUUCACUCACAUCUGGCACCCCUGGAAAAACAGCAGUGGACAACAGCACAGGAGACGAGGGACAGGUCCGCCUGGCUAAUGGAGGAAACAGCUCCUGCUCUGGCAGAGUAGAGAUCUUCCUCCGUGGACAGUGGGGGACGGUGUGUGAUGACCACUGGGACCUGGUUGAUGCUCAGGUGGUGUGCAGACAGCUGGGCUGUGGCAGGGUUCUGUCAGCACCACAAAGUGCACGGUUUGGACAGGGCAGUGGACCCAUCUGGUUGGAUGAUGUUGCUUGCUCCGGCAACGAAUCAAAGCUGACCGAGUGCCGGCACAGAGGGAUUGGAACUCAUGGCUGUGGUCACAGUGAGGAUGCUGGUGUCGUCUGUGAAGCUGCUUCACCAGUGAGGCUGGUCAACUCUGACAACCGCUGCUCUGGCAGAGUGGAGAUCUACCAUGCUGGACAGUGGGGGACAGUGUGUGACGAUUCCUGGGACCUGAACGAUGCCAAUGUGGUGUGCAGACAGCUGAGCUGUGGCAGGGCUCGUUCAGCACUGCCAAAUGCUGCUUUUGGACCGGGCAGUGGAGCCAUAUUGUUGGACGACGUCAUUUGUUCAGGAAGGGAACCAUCGAUAACAGACUGCAGACAUCCAGGGUUCGGGGUCCACAACUGUGGACAUAGUGAAGAUGCCAGCAUCAUCUGUGACAUUCAACCAGGACCAAACUCCACAGUUUCACCAACCACAGCUGAUCCAGGAUCUCAGACCUUCACCUCUGCUGCACUCACAUCUGGCACCCCUGGAACAACAGCAGUGCACCACACCACAGGAGACGAGGGACGGGUCCGCCUGGCUAAUGGAGGAAACAGCUCCUGCUCUGGCAGAGUAGAGAUCUUCCUCCGUGGACAGUGGGGGACGGUGUGUGAUGACCACUGGGACUUGGUUGAUGCUCAGGUGGUGUGCAGACAACUGGGUUGUGGCAGGGUCCUGUCAGCACCACAAAGUGCACGGUUUGGACAGGGCAGUGGACCCAUCUUGUUGGACAAUGUCGAUUGCUCUGGCAGCGAAUCAAAGCUGACCGAGUGCCGGCACCGAGGGAUUGGAACUCACGGCUGUGGUCACAUCGAGGAUGCUGGUGUUGUCUGUGAAGUUGACCCAGGUCCAAACUCCACAUUUUCACCAACAACACCUGAUCCAGGAUCUCAGACCUUCCCCUCUGCUUCACUCACAUCUGGCACCCCUGGAACAACAGCAGCAGUGCACCAUGCCACAGAUUUACCUGCCACACAUUCUUCCCCCUAUGCAACGCUCACAUCUGGCACCUCUGGAACAACAGCAGUGGACAACAGCACAGGAGUCGAGGGACAGGUCCGCCUGGCCAAUGGAGGAAACAGCUCCUGCUCUGGCAGAGUAGAGAUCUUCCUCCGUGGACAGUGGGGGACGGUGUGUGAUGAAAACUGGGACCUGGUUGAUGCUCAGGUGGUGUGCAGACAGCUGGGUUGUGGCAGGGUCCUGUCAGCACCACAACGUGCACGGUUUGGACAGGGCAGUGGACCCAUCUGGUUGGACAAUGUCGAUUGCUCUGGCAGCGAAUCAAGCCUGACCGAUUGCCUGCACCCAGGAAUUGGAUCUCACAACUGUGGUCACUGGGAGGAUGCUGGUGUCGUCUGUGAGGUCCAACGCCCUCCACUCCAGCCUCCUCAGUUCAUCUGUGGACGUGAUAAAAUCCAAAUAGGGCUAAAUAUGGCUGCCAUAACUUCCAAGGAUUUGAACCCACUCUCUGGAAACCUGGUAGUUCGCAACUGCUCCUGGGUCAGAAUGCAUAAUGAUGUAGUUUGGUACGAGGUGGACGCUCAGGCAGGUGCCUGUGGAAACACACUGAUGACCAACCGUACACAUGCCAUCUACUCCAACGUUUUAUUUCUCUACCGAGGAAAUGUGUCCUUCUCACGACCUGUGAGUCUUCCCUUCUCCUGUGCGUAUCCCCUCGACACAGACACCAGCAUGAAUGUGGCAGUCAGACCAGUGCUGCCGUUUCCAGUUGGCCUCUCAGGCGUAGGGAGCAAAGCUCGAGCCUCCAUAUCUCUGUUCCACACCUCCAGCUUCACUCAGCCUUAUCCAUCUGGCUUGAUCACGCUCCCUGUGGGCUCACCUCUGCAUGUGGGCGUCUCUGUUUUAGUCAGAGACCCAAGCUUUGCAGUUGUCCUGGAGAACUGCUACGCCUCUGACUCAUCAAACCCCAAUGAUACUGCACGAUACUUUUUCAUCCAGAACAAGUGCCCCACUGACCGACAGCAAGUGGAAGUGAUCGAGAGCGGCACAUCCCGACAGGCUUGUUUCUCCGCCGUGUUGUUCCUGAUCCACGGUGAAAACAGUGACAUGUACCUCCACUGCAGCCUCAGCCUGUGUGACCAGAGGAGCUCCCGCUGUGCCCCAUCUUGCAGAAGAAGGACAUCUCGCUCUGUUUCCAGCUCUGCUCCUCUGAAGCCCCUCACCAUUGGACCAAUCACUUGGUACAAGUCACCUGAGUGAGCUGGUAACAUAUAAUAAUAAUACAAACACGUCAUUCAUAAAUCGAUGAAAAAAAAACAUGUUACAUUGCAUAAUUGAAUCGUAUUAGCUGUGUAAUGAGCUGUGAAAUGAUUGAAGAAAAUAAAAAUCAAGGUCAGAGUGA